UCUUUCUCUCUUUCUCUCACACUCACCGGAGCUAAAUCUAAGUGAUGGCAAUGUGUUCAUCAUCGUUUUCUUCAUCUUCUCAGAAGACAUGGAUUGUACACGGGAUCUUAGCCGGAACUGCGAUUGCAGUGGCGAUAGGCGCAAGUGCGUAUCUGGGUCGAUCCAGGAAAUUCCGGAGCCGGGUCGUUGGAAUCAUCCCCGCACGUUAUGCUUCCUCUCGAUUCGAGGGUAAGCCUCUCGUGCAAAUCCUCGGCAAACCCAUGAUCCAGAGGACUUGGGAGAGGUCAAAAUUAGCUACUACGCUUGAUCACGUUGUUGUAGCCACUGAUGAUGAAAGGAUUGCGGAGUGCUGUCGUGGAUUUGGUGCCGAUGUCAUCAUGACUUCAGAGUCUUGUAGAAAUGGCACUGAGCGGUGCAACGAAGCACUAGAAAAGCUGGAGAAGAAGUAUGAUGUUGUUGUGAACAUUCAAGGAGAUGAACCACUCAUUGAGCCUGAGAUUAUAGACGGUGUGGUCAAAGCACUUCAGGUAACACCCGAUGCAGUGUUUAGCACAGCCGUGACACCAUUGAAACCUGAAGACGGGGUUGAUCCCAACCGAGUUAAAUGUGUGGUUGACAACCGUGGCUAUGCUAUCUAUUUCUCGAGGGGUUUGAUUCCUUAUAACAAGAGUGGUAAAGUGAAUCCAGAUUUUCCAUACAUGCUUCAUCUGGGAAUCCAGAGUUUUGACUCAAAGUUCCUGAAAGUAUAUUCGGAGCUCCAACCAACGCCAUUGCAGCAGGAAGAGGAUCUCGAGCAGCUCAAAGUCCUGGAGAACGGCUACAAAAUGAAGGUUAUAAAGGUGGAUCAUGAAGCUCAUGGAGUUGAUACACCAGAUGAUGUUGAAAAGAUUGAAUCUUUAAUGCGAGAAAGAAACCUGUCCUAGUCCACAAAAUCGAAAUCCCUGCUUUCAAAUUUUAACAUUGAGCCUUUUUCCUUGUUUUUUUCUCUUUCCCGGAGACUUGUGUGAUAGAUCGAAUCAGGGACGAGUAAUAUAUAAGCUGCAAUGUGGGAAACCCGUAUAAUGUAAUUGAAAUCAUCUAUUUCCACCACACCAGGUAGACAUGUGUUGUGUAAUCGUACGGCUUAUAAUGUUAUAAUGUUCUUAUAUAAUAUCAAUGAGUUUAAGGACGCUUA